AUGGUGGAUUUGCACAAUGUAGGAACAUUUAAUGCUGAUACCGGGUUCAAGGCCGGUUGUUUGAACGAGCUAGAAAAGAUGCUAGAAAAGGCUUUACCAAGAGCAAUGUUGAAGGCGAAGCCAAAUAUUGAAUCUCGGAUUAGGUGCCUAAAAAGGGAAUGGUCAGUCGUCUACGACAUGCUUAAUGGCCAAAACAACAGCGGUUUUGGUUGGGACGAGCAUAGGCAGCUCGUUGUUGCUGAAGAUGCAGUUUGGGAAUCCUAUGUAAAGAGUCACAAAGAAGCCUCUCAGUUUAGACAUCGUUCUUUCCCUUACUACAACCAGCUUACUGCCAUAUACGCAAGAGAUCGGGCGACUGGGAAAGACACUCAAACAGCUGCUGAUGUUCUUGAAGAAAUACAUGCUGAGGAUGAACGUACUACAUAUAUGAAUGAAGAGAGAAACACAUUCUAUGACUGCGAAGCCGACGUCUCUUUAGAUGACAUGGAUGUUUCUGGCUGCCACUUUGUUGGGGAAAAAAAUCCAAGCCCUUGGCGAUCAAAUCAGUAG